AUGACUUUAAAAGAAUGUGGCUCUCACCACAGCCACUCAAGGUACCGUAAAAUCCUCUACAGGGUGAUAUGGCCAUUAUUAAUAACCCUCUUCGUAGUCCUUCUCUCAAUUUUCCUGAUUUGGGUAAUCCAUCGACCAUCUAAGCCACAAUUCACCCUCCAAGACGCCACCGUCUACAACUUCAACGUCUCGGGAAAUCCACCGAACCGCCUCUCCUCAGCCUUUCAAGUCACUGUCUCCUCUCGUAACCCUAACGGUAAUAUCGGUAUCUACUACGACAGUCUCGACGUCUACGCUUCUUACCAUAGCCAACAGAUCACUGUACCGACAUCGAUCCCUACGACUUACCAAAGACAUAAAGAAGUCACCGUUUGGUCUCCUUUUGUCGGUGGUGACUCUGUUCCCGUCGCACACUACAACGCUAAGUAUCUCGAUCAAGACCAUAAAGCUGGCUCCAUCAGGUUGGACCUUCAUCUCGACGGAAAAAUCCGUUGGAAAACUUUCAUCACCAGAGAAUAUCACCUCCACGUUCGGUGCCUCGCGAUUAUUAACUUCCGUAAUGAGAACUCCGGAGUUAUUGUCAGAAACAACGCCGUUAAAUAUUCCCUAACCAUGCCUUGCAGUGUUAGUGUCUGA